AUCGGCCCGGUUUUUUUCAUCUCGUCCCUAAAUCCAAACGUAACGUCAUCUCUUAGCCGUUCCACUAAUUCCCAAGAUGGUUUACUGUAAUAAUUGCUCCAGAAACGUUACUGGAGAACGCGUCGACGACGGUCUUUUGUCUUGCACUUUUUGCGGGAAGGUGUUGGAAGAUUGCAUUUUUGCGACCGAACCUCAAUUCGUUAAAGAUUCAUCUGGCCAAUGCAAACUAUCUGGAAAUUUUGUGAAAUCUACGCAAAGUAUUUCAGAUUCACGCCAGCAUACCAUAGCUAAAGCUCUUGAUGGUAUCAGAUCUUUGAAGACUGGAUUACUUAUUGACGAGUAUAGUGAUGAUGUUGCUAAUGUUGCUUUACGGUUUUAUGAAGUUGGCCUUGAACGGAAUUUCACUAAGGGACGCAGAUCAGAGCUAGUACAGGCUGCAUGUCUUUAUCUUGCCUGUCGGCAAAAGGGAAAGCCAUUCCUUCUUAUUGAUUUUUCACAUUAUUUACAUGUAAAUGUUUAUGAGCUUGGCUCUGUAUAUCUGCAACUUUGCUAUGUGCUGUACCUUGCUGACUCAAAGGAUCUUCCGAAACUAAUUGAUCCUUCAAUUUUUAUUCAUAAAUUUACAAAUGCUUUGAUUCCAGAAGGAAAUGAUGAAGUUGUUAAAACUGCACGGGACAUUUUAGCUAGCAUGAAACGGGACUGGAUGCAGACAGGGCGGAAACCCAGUGGAUUAUGUGGUGCAGCACUGUACAUUUCUGCACUUUCACAUGGUCUGAAGUUUUCUAAGUCAAAGAUUAUAGAGGUUGUUCACAUUUGUGAAGCAACAUUGUCAAAGCGGCUGAUUGAAUUUGAGAAUACCGACUCUGGAGCCUUAACGAUGGAGGAAUUUACGGAAAAGGAGAGGGAGCUUCGAACUAGUUCAUUAACUGAAAAACAGCCAAAUAUUGGGUCAAAAGAAACCAGCUUAGAUGCAGUGCUAUGUAGGCAUGUGGGGAGAAAACCUUUUGCCUAUGGACUUUGUAAUGAAUGUUAUGAAGAGUUCAUGAAGGUUUCAGGAGGGAUUGAUGGAGGGUCAGAUCCACCUGCAUUCCAACGUGCUGAGAAAGAGAGAAUGGCAAAAUUAUCUAUUGAGGAAAAUAAUAAAAGCAUAGCCAGCAGCACGUUUGCAAGUGGAUCUGAAAUACCUGAAAUUAGUGGGGUUUUAGAGGAUGCAACUAACAAGGCGGCCAUUGAUGAGGGUGACAAUGAUAAGUUACCUGGAGUUGAUGAAAGUGAUGAUGGAUCGGAUAACUUUUCUGAUAUUGAUGAUAUUGAGGUUGAUGGUUACCUUCACAAUGAGGAGGAGAAGCAUUUCAAAAAGAUCAUUUGGGAAGAAAUGAACCGGGAAUAUGUUGAGGAACAAGCAGCCAAGGAAGCAGCUGCAGCAGCAGCUAAGGAGGCUUGCAUGGCCAACUAUGAUAAAUGCCCAGAGGACCUCCAAGCUGCACAGAAGCUUGCUGCAGAUGUUGCAGAACUAGUGGCAAAAUCUAGAAAGGAGAGGCAACAAAAGCGAGCUGCUGAAGAAAAAGAUGCAGGUCCUGCUCAGACUGCUGCCGAGGCAACCCGGCGAAUGCUGGUUAAGAAGAGAUUAAGUUCAAAAAUAAACUAUGAUGCAUUGGAGAAGCUCUUUGAUGACCCGGUUACAGAGAAACCCAAGAAACAAAAAAUAGAAUCAAAUUCUGAUGAAAAGGAGGAGAAGGCUUCUAAAAUUGGCAAAGAAUGUGAUUUAGAAGAUGAAUAUAACGACAAUGAUGAUGAUGGAUAUGGAGGAAUUUUUUACGGUGACUGUGAAUAUGACAACCAAGAAUAUGAUUAUGAGGAUAAUUAUGAUUACGAUGGAUGUUGAGUUGUCUUUUAUCAUGGAUUUCGGUGAAUUCUUAUAUUCAGAACUCUACUCUUAGAACAAAAGAAGCAAAUGGCGUUAGUAAAGAGGGAGUUAAAAAUGCAGUCAUUAGUGAUAGUUUUUACUCUGUAGUAGUAUUAUACAGAACCUUCUUGAGGAUACACUAGGGUAGUUUGACCGUUAUAUUAGGUUCUAAAUUGGAGUUUUCAGAUAGUUUUGGCGACUUGGGUAUUGUGUCAAGGUUCCUUUUUCUUUCUUCCCUUUCUUUUUUUGUCAGUCAUGAAAAUGUUAAUAUAGUAUAAAUUAUUAAAGAUAUUAAAAUAAAAAUAUCAUGUGAUUAGAUUAUAA